AAAGGGUUGAAGGACCUCCCUGUAACCCCUCUAUCUUCUCUUCCUUUAUUCCGACUUUCGUCCAGUCAUGUCACCGGCGGCUACUCCGCCGCCACUGUUAGCUCUGCAUCAACUGCUAUCUCUUUUUCCAUUUUCAUGUUUAGUCUUUUUCCCUUGCUCAUUCUUCACCCUUCUCUCACAUCCCGUUUUUGUGAAACUUCUGGAAUCAUAUCCCCACGCCAAAAUCAUUAAAUCCCCCAUGCUUCAGACCUGGGACACCUCGGGAAGAGGUAGAUUAGGAAGGAGAGAGAGAGAGAGGUAAUUCGGGUCCCAAAUGGGUCGACCCAAUUCCUCAUCUCCUUUCUUAUCUCCCCUCUAUAAAUCCCAGCAAAAAUCAGAACCAAAAACCAAAAGUCAAGUACUAUAGGAUUUGAGUCAGAGAAAGAAACAACAACAACUAACAUACCCAUUGUAAUCACACAUAUUAGCGUUUGGGGAGGGUAGUGUGUCCGCAGACCUUACCUACCUUGUGGAGAUAGAGACCAUGUUUCCAAUAGACAAAAUGAGCCAGAGAAAGAAGGUGAAAGAUAAAAAUGGUGACAUCAAUUGAGCAAGUGACUAUCCCAGAUCAUCUCCCUGAGUUCUUUAAGAUUUAUCACCCUCAAAUAUGCAACCCCCAACUGAGAAUUCCACCGGCCUUUCUCAAGUUUUUCAAUGGAGAUAUUCCCGCAAACUCUAUGCUUCAAGAUCUUGCAGGGAGAUCUUGGAAGGUUGUUGUGGAAAAGAAUGACAAUGAUUUCUUUUUCAUGGGAGGUUGGCCAGACUUUGUGCGGGACAAUAAUUUGAAAUUUGGAGAAUUUUUAACCUUUUCCUAUGUUGGAAAUUCAAACUUUUACGUUAAAAUAUAUGGGAUAAAUGGCAGCUUAAAGCGGGACGUAACUGCCAUCAAAGAGCCUGAGCUGCAUCCAUUGGACGAAGAAAUUGUGCAGGAGAUAGGUACGGCAGCUCCGCCAGCUGAUCAAGCACUUAAUGGAUCAGGAGACUUGGUUGUUUAUGCCCCUUCAUUCGACAUUGUCAUCAAGCCAUCUUAUAUCCGAAAAAAGCGUUUGAAUGUACAAGCUGCUUUUGGCAAUAGAUACUUGAACAGGGGGCAAGGACAAAACUUUGAGGCUGCUCUUCAAACUGAUAGAGGUAGCUGGCCGGUUUCAGUUCACAAUUCUGAUAGACUUAUACUUCAGACAGGGUUCGGAGAAUUUAUAGCCAGUAAUGCUUUGCGUGAAGGAGAUGUUUGCCAAUUUAUGCUGAUCGAUGAGGAGAAGUUCAUGCUGGAAGUUAGCAUUAGAAGACAACUCAAGUAAAGUAGUCAUAAAAAUAGAGGCAAAUCUCUUUGAUCAUUUGGCUUAAUAUCUAUCAGAUUUAAAUAUUUCUACUUGAGAGAAAGAGAACUGUAUGUUCACUAAGCAUUGCAUAGUGGAAUAGAAGGUUGAUGCAUCAGUAGAUUAAUUUAGUGUAUUUACAUCA